AUGCCUUUCUCGAUGCGCACGCUCGCCAGUCUCGCAGCUCUCGCCGGCCUCGCCUCGGCUCACCUCGACAUCAACUACCCGACCAGCUCGUGGACCUUUACCGAGGAGCAGCAGGAGCAAGGCGGCGUCUGCGGCGGCGGCUCGCGCGUCGCCGCCGUCGCGUGGGGCACCGACUCGGCGUUCGUCUCGCUCUCGGGCGACGAGGGCCACGUCGUGCGGGUCCUGCUCGCGACGUCCGGCAGCACGACCGAGAACGCGACCGUGUCGGACGCGUCGUCUUUUCCGACCGUCCUCUCCCAAGGCGCCACCUUCUCCUCCUCGGGCAACCUGUGCCUCCCCGUCGCGGUCCCGACCGACCUCGCGACCGGGUCCCGCGCGACCCUCUUUGUCGAAGCGACGAGCGACGGCGGCGAGACGGUCUCGUCGUGCGCCGAGGUCGUGCUCGUGCCGGCCGACUCGGGCAGCAGCGUCGUCAUUGACCAUGGCGCGGCGGUCGUCAACCCGGACACGGGCGCCAACAUGACUGUGCGAGACUACUACUGCUCCAACUCGACAAUCGCGGCGCUCGACACGUGCUCGUGCCACUGCCACGGCGGCUCGGAGCACUGCGACGACUCGUGCGCGCCCGAGCGCAUCGCGACCGCCGCAGCCGAGUGCAGCGCCAGCGCCGGCGCCGGCGGGUCCUCGUCCUCCUCCUCCUCGGCGGCGGCGGCGGCGGCACCCUCGGCGACGGGCACGGUCGGGCAGGAGGCGGCCGCGAGCGAGCCGACGCAGCAGGGCGGGUCGAGCGGCGCGGGCACGCUGUCGGUGACGCUCGGGGCGGUGGUGUUGGUGGGUGUUGGGGCGGCGGUGCUCGUUUGA